AACCAAAUAUUAAUUGAACAUGCACAAAAUGAAGUUACUUAGAAAAAAUGCCACAAAUAAAUAGUGAUAAAAUUCGAGAAGAGAAACGUUCGCGUCAACAAAAAUGAAACUAGGCGAAUACUCAUUUUACAUAUUAGUCACUACAAUUCUAAUCAUAAUAAGAAUCAAUAAAAACGUGGAAGCAAGCGGAAAAAACACACAUGGACAACGAAAGGGACGUGAUAAUUUACGACCACCAUUAUCUGGACGAAGAAAUGGAACAUUGAGUGAUCUCUCCGGUGAAAGUGGUCCACGAAUCCACAUAACUGUCAAUGCAAGUGGAUCGAGUUCACAUCAUCAUGGUAAUUAUCCACCAGUAUUAACUGGACGAAGAAACGGAACAUUGAGUGAUCUCUCCGGUGAAAGUGGUCCACGAAUCCACAUAACUGUCAAUGCAAGUGGAUCGAGUUCACAUCAUCAUGGUAAUUAUCCACCAGUAUUAACUGGACGAAGAAACGGAACAUUGAGUGAUCUCUCCGGUGAAAGUGGUCCACGAAUCCACAUAACUGUCAAUGCAAGUGGAUCGAGUUCACAUCAUCAUGGUAAUUAUCCACCAGUAUUAACUGGACGAAGAAACGGAACAUUGAGUGAUCUCUCCGGUGAAAGUGGUCCACGAAUCCACAUAACUGUCAAUGCAAGUGGAUCGAGUUCACAUCAUCAUGGUAAUUAUCCACCAGUAUUAACUGGACGAAGAAACGGAACAUUGAGUGAUCUCUCCGGUGAAAGUGGUCCACGAAUCCACAUAACUGUCAAUGCAAGUGGAUCGAGUUCACAUCAUCAUGGUAAUUAUCCACCAGUAUUAACUGGACGAAGAAACGGAACAUUGAGUGAUCUCUCCGGUGAAAGUGGUCCACGAAUCCACAUAACUGUCAAUGCAAGUGGAUCGAGUUCACAUCAUCAUGGUAAUUAUCCACCAGUAUUAACUGGACGAAGAAACGGAACAUUGAGUGAUCUCUCCGGUGAAAGUGGUCCACGAAUCCACAUAACUGUCAAUGCAAGUGGAUCGAGUUCACAUCAUCAUGGUAAUUAUCCACCAGUAUUAACUGGACGAAGAAACGGAACAUUGAGUGAUCUCUCCGGUGAAAGUGGUCCACGAAUCCACAUAACUGUCAAUGCAAGUGGAUCGAGUUCACAUCAUCAUGGUAAUUAUCCACCAGUAUUAACUGGACGAAGAAACGGAACAUUGAGUGAUCUCUCCGGUGAAAGUGGUCCACGAAUCCACAUAACUGUCAAUGCAAGUGGAUCGAGUUCACAUCAUCAUGGUAAUUAUCCACCAGUAUUAACUGGACGAAGAAACGGAACAUUGAGUGAUCUCUCCGGUGAAAGUGGUCCACGAAUCCACAUAACUGUCAAUGCAAGUGGAUCGAGUUCACAUCAUCAUGGUAAUUAUCCACCAGUAUUAACUGGACGAAGAAACGGAACAUUGAGUGAUCUCUCCGGUGAAAGUGGUCCACGAAUCUACAUAACUGUCAAUGCAAGUGGAUCGAGUUCACAUCAUCAUGGUAAUUAUCCACCAGUAUUAACUGGACGAAGAAACGGAACAUUGAGUGAUCUCUCCGGUGAAAGUGGUCCACGAAUCCACAUAACUGUCAAUGCAAGUGGAUCGAGUUCACAUCAUCAUGGUAAUUAUCCACCAGUAUUAACUGGACGAAGAAACGGAACAUUGAGUGAUCUCUCCGGUGAAAGUGGUCCACGAAUCCACAUAACUGUCAAUGCAAGUGGAUCGAGUUCACAUCAUCAUGGUAAUUAUCCACCAGUAUUAACUGGACGAAGAAACGGAACAUUGAGUGAUCUCUCCGGUGAAAGUGGUCCACGAAUCUACAUAACUGUCAAUGCAAGUGGAUCGAGUUCACAUCAUCAUGGUAAUUAUCCACCAGUAUUAACUGGACGAAGAAACGGAACAUUGAGUGAUCUCUCCGGUGAAAGUGGUCCACGAAUCCACAUAACUGUCAAUGCAAGUGGAUCGAGUUCACAUCAUCAUGGUAAUUAUCCACCAUUAUUAACUGGACAAAGAUAUGGAUCAUUGAGUGAUCACUCCGGUGGAAAUGGUCGCUGUAUUUACAUAACUGUGAAUGCAGGCGGAUCGAGUUUCUAUCAACAUCAAAAUUUUCCACCACGAUUAUCUAGACAAAGAUAUGGAUCAAUGAGUGGACACUCAAGUGGCAAUGGUCGCUGCAUUUACAUAACUGUCAAUGCAGGUGGAUCGAGUUCAUAUCAACAUCAAAAUUUUCCACCACGAUUAUCUGGAAGAAGAUACGGAUCAUUGAGUGGCCAUUCCGGUGACAAUGAUCCACCUAUCUACAUAACUGUGAAUUCAGGUCGAUCGAGUUCAUAUCAAAACCAAGAUUUUCCAUCACGAUUAUCUGGAAAAAGAUACGGAUCGUUGAGUGGUCUCUCAAGUGAAAAUCAUCUACGUAACCACAUAACUGUGAAUGCAAGUGGACAGAAUUCAUAUCACAAAACAUAUGGAAAGCACGGUAAAUUUCCACCAACAUUCUCUGGACGAAAGUAUGGAUCAUUGAGUGGUCUCUCCGGUGAAAGUGGUCCACGAAUCCACAUAACUGUCAAUGCAAGUGGAUCGAGUUCACAUCAUCAUGGUAAUUAUCCACCAGUAUUAACUGGACGAAGAAACGGAACAUUGAGUGAUCUCUCCGGUGAAAGUGGUCCACGAAUCCACAUAACUGUCAAUGCAAGUGGAUCGAGUUCACAUCAUCAUGGUAAUUAUCCACCAGUAUUAACUGGACGAAGAAACGGAUCACUGAGUGAUCUAUUCGGUGGCAAUGGUCCUUCUAUCGACUUUACCUUCAAUUCAGAUGGACAGAAUUCAACCAAUCAUGUUCGGGGACAAGGAGUUACUUCACCACCACGAUUAUCAAGACGUAAAUACAUGAAAGGUCGAUCAAUUGAGUACAUGUUUGAGACAGUAGAGGGAGAAGUAAUGAAUGCAACUCACAGUACUAGCGGAGAAGACAGUUCGUCCAAAAAUAAUAGAAAUGAUUAUUAUAAUAAGAGAUUAUCAAACAAGGCAGGUGGUAAACGCUAUGAAGAUAUUUUCUCCUCUCGUGAUUAUUCAAUUUUUGAUGAUAUUGAUUCAGAAAAAACUACAUUUCAGUAUGGUGGUAAAAUCACAAAAUAUGGUAAACGUAGUCGAACGGAUUCCGACAGUAUACCGACUAUUGGAAGUUCGGAUCGAUAUGCUAGUUCAUAUAUUAAAGAUAACUUUAAAAUUGAAGCUAAAUCAAAGAAAAAGAAUGCAAAAGAUCACGUCUAUGGAACUUACAAAUCUAAUAAAAAACGUGGGGGAAGAAAAACUAAUAAAGAAACAAUAUCGAAAGAAUCGCGAAACAAAACCGAAAGAACAUCUUCUUAAGCCGAAAACUGGAAAUUGGAUGUGCAGUUACAAAUGCAGUAAAUCACCAGAUGUGAUAAAUAUGUUUUAUUCCACAUAGAAUCAAAUUUAUUUAUGCAUAAAAUAAUGUCAAACACUAUUUUGAUAAUUGUUAAACAACAUAUGUAUCAGAAAAUAAUGCAAGUAAU